AUGUCCUCCAUUCUCGCCAUGGCUGGCCGCCGGGCUUUCACCCGUCAGGCCGCGUUCCGCGCCCCUUCGCGCCGUCUCUACAGCUCCAAGAUGGAGGAUGCCAAACUUGAGUCCGCUGCUCGCCGUGACCCUGAGCUCUACGUUCUGCUCGGUGUGAUGUCGGGUGCUUUCCUGAUUGCCGGCUGGUACUUCGGCACCAAGCCCACCACCAUCAACUCCGAGGAGAGCAACGUCCGUAUCGCCGAGAGCGCCAUGCCCUGGAAGGCCGACGACGAGGGCAAGGUCUACAAGUACCAGUACCACCCUCACGGCGACAAGAGCCAGCCUCUGCGCAAUGCCCCCAGCGCGAUGAACACCGUCAUCGUGCCCAACGUCACUCUUCCUGAGGACCUCCACGAGCGAUUCAACAAGUACGGCAAGGAGGAGUGGGACUACUAGAUACUCUAUACUAUAC